AGUCCGUUUUCUCCUCGCAGCCUGACCACAUGAUGACCAGGUGGGCUCUGCUGGUGCUGAUGAUCCUGACAUUGGCCAGGACCCUGCUUGUCCCAGCAAACCCACUCCCAGGCUUUCAGCUCCUCCCUCAGAACUUUCCCCAGGUCACUCCCUGCCCUGUGACCUCAGAGAGCCCAUCAGCCAGCACCACAGGCCCCUCUGCAACUUGGGGGCACCCCAGCCCUGGCCCCCACCCUGGCUCCCGCAUCACCCUCUCCCUGGAUGUCCCUCUCGGCCUCCUGCAGAUCUUACUGGAGCAGGCCCGGGCCAGGGCUGUGAGGGAGCAGGCUGCUGCCAACGCCCGCAUCCUGGCCCAUGUUGGUCGCCGCUGA